GGGCAGAGGGUUUGCGCGGGGUGCGUGGGGAGAGGAGGCAGGAGUAGGAGAGAGAGAAGGGGAGCGACGUAGGCAAGAGAGAGCACCCGGACUUUCAGGGGACUGGAGGGCCAAAUGGUGGGAGCGGGAGGCGGUGCGGCUGUUCCGCUUAUAGUUGGUGCUUUUGCUGCGAGGGGCGAAGCUGCGUGGGAGAGGGGAUCGCAGGUGCCUAGAGGCUGUGUGUGGGGAGAGGGUUUGUGUGGGGAACGAGUUGGGUACGCACUCAGGAAGGGUGGGCCCCCGUCUAACCCUGCUGAGAGUCUGGGCAGCGGGCGGAGAGCCUGCAGGCCUGCAGAGCUGUGAGCAGAGGGGCAGGGAAUGGGCAGGUGAGUGGGCGCGAGGCUGGUGAGCCGGUGAGAGUCCUGGGCCUCCAGUUUGGGGGUGGACACAGUGCCCGGUCCUGGGCCCGGGACGCAGGUGUGCUGUCACCCACUUGGCUGGUUAUUUCCCCUGGGUGGCCAGCUUGCCAGGUAUGGUGCCAGUGGGUGGGGAGGUAGAGGAGAAGGUGGGUGUUGCCAAGUAAGAAGUUAGUGGGUGGGUUUCGGGGAGCGCUGAUCCAGGCCCAGGGCACAGGCCGCAGCCAGACUCCGUGUUAUUGCCCAAGUCCUGGCAGUAUGCAUUGCCUGGGCGUUUGCCCUGGGAGCCUGGUGGUAUGCCAGUCACAGCACAGUCCUAGGGUCUGCCCAGUUCUGCCCUGCUGAGCUGGCAGGCUGUUGGAUGCCUGGAGGGUGCUCCUGCUGUCUGGCACAGAUGCAGCGUGGGCUGGUGCGAAUGGGGAGGUGGGCACUGUUACUGUGAACCCUUCUGGAAGCAGGGGAUUUGGAGAAAUUCUCUAAUCUCAUCUCCUCUUUGAAGGAGGAGAUGGAGUGAGCCAUAUCUGGUUCCAAACAGAGGACAUUGUAUGGAAUUGGGGUUCAGGAUCUUUGACAUAAAUUUGCAGCCAAGUUGGAGAAUGGAAAUGGAUGCCAAGGGGAAAAUGAAUAUUCGAGAUUUAGGUAGAUGGGUUGGUCCCCCACAGCCCCCUGUUAAAACACAUAGACAUUUCCCCAGAAUGGUAUCUUUGGAGACCAAAAGAAAACAAACCUCAAAAGAAAAGCUAGUAAUGUAUUUAUAAUUCUAACUGGGAUCACUCAUGAUUUUUGGGGUGGUAAGGUCUUAGUUUUCUAUGGCCUUGUCCUUUUUUGUAUUUAAGCCUCUGGGCUUUCACCUCACACCUCUGUCCAUGCACGCAUGCUAUGCAUGUGACACAUUUUAAAGGGAACUUGAGCUCUUGGGAAAGUUGCCAGGUGUCUAUAAAAGGAAAGACCCGAGAGCAGCAUUUCAAAUCCUUGUAAACAUUGGGUCUCCUUUUUAUCAUAAGCCUAAAUCUCCGUAAAGGUUGUUUGUGGAUUAGACAACCUUUUAAUUUGGUUGGUGGAUUUUUUCCUAAGGCUUCACCUUAGAAUAAGGAAGUUGGGUCUGGAAGGUAGGUCUUGAGGUGACCACGGUGUUUGGAGAUGCACAGUCUUGACCUUCAUUCAAGCUGUUCAGGUAUUUCAGUGACAGCUAAGCUGCUAGGCUGUCCGCAAGACUCAGCAGGAUGGAAGGUUUGUUGGAAUGUUUUAUUCUGUUGAGUACCUCACACAUUAAUGGGAGGGGGGUGGGGCUGAAGUUGCAAAGAUGAAAAAAACAACUCUUGAGGUUGAGGAGACAAAUAACUAGACUCCAAUGUAAGAGGUAUAAAAAUAGAAGUGCUAUGGCACACUUGUUAGAGUUUUAUCUUAUACACCUAUUUAUAUCAAUUUAUGUAUUUUAUCGAUUCACUUUCCCUUAUGAGUUUUAUGUGUACUAUUCUGUCUGGGAACUAUUUGGAUAAUAUGUUACAUACGCAGUUACCAAAGGUUCGAUUAGGGUCCAUUCUGACAAUCCGGGGAACUUAGGUUGGAGUCCUUUCAGUGCGGAGUCCGGCACGUGAGGAUCUCAGAUGUUUGUAAAGCAGCAUUCGUGGUUUCCAGUCAGUGCCAGGAAGCAGGGGACGGCAUGGUGGGUAAGGGCUUAGUAACCUAUUUUUGACUGCUAGUCAGCUUAUGAGCACCUGACUUUGUGGUAAAAUAAUAUUGAGGAGGAAAAAGAAUCUUAAGGUUUUCAGACUGCCAUUUGCGUGGCCCUGGGUUUGACAACAGCGGUAGUAAAUGCCAUUACUCUGUGUGCUUCUCUCCUGCUGAGGGCCUCGUGGUGCUGUGUAUGAGUGGGUCUGUUGUUCACUGGCUAAUUGAUGUCCCUGGUGCCACUCUCAGGAAGGAAGUAACGUUUCCUCGCAGAGAAGAGAGGUCAAGGUGGGAUGAUGUAACCUUUCAUUGUCCAUCCCGCUUGAACUUUCCUAAGACCCUAAGGCAGAACAUUACUUAGGGCAGAGGCUUUCAUACUUUUAGUCACUUUCACAUCCAAAGUAGUCGAUGGCUAUUCUUUUUGGUUUUUUAAGUUUAUUUAUUGAUUUUGAGAGAGAGAGCAAAGUGCACACAUGUGCACAAACUGGAGAAGGGUAGGAGGGGCGGGGGAGAGAGAGAAACCCAAACAGUCUUCAUGCUGUUAGCACCGAGCCCAACUCCGGGCUUGAUCUCACAGACCAUGAGAUCAUGACCUGAGCUGAGAUCAAGAGUUGGAUGCUUAACCGACUGAGCCACCCCGGCACCCCUCAAUUUGCUAUUCUAAAGUGGAUUAUGCAUUAUUUCCAACGACCACUCAUUCUCUAAGACUUAGUAUUUUUGCAUCUGUUCUCUUUUAACCUAUUUCAACAUUUGUGUUUUGAUUCCACAAUUAGUAUUGUCCUGCACAUUUCCAAUGAGCCAGAAAAUUCCUAUGUAUCUUUUUUUUUUAAUGUUUAUUUUUGAGACAGAGACAGAGCAUGAGCAGGGGAGGAGCAGAGAGAGGGAGACACAGAAUCCAAAGUAGGCUCCAGUCUCUAAGCUGUCAGCACAGAGCCCAAUGCGGGGCUCGAACUAAAGAAUCGGGAGAUCAUGACCUGAGCUGAAGUCAGACACUUAACCUACUGAGCCACCCAGGUGCCCCUCCUGUGUAUCUUCUGUAGCUGUAUUGGCUACACUUUAAUAAUAGUCAUUUUUUUUUUCAUUGUCGAAAGAAUUGUAGACUAAAUUGGGAUGCUUUAUCUAAAAUACCUGGGGUCGCCUGGGUGGCUCAGUCAAGGUCUCCUGGUUGUAGGACCAGGCCCCAAAUUGGGCUCUGCGCUGGGCAUGGAACCUGCUUGGGAUUCUCCCUCUUUCUGCUCCUAACCAGCUCUCGCGCAGGCCCUGUAAUAAUAAGUAAGAAAGUAAGUCAGGCCUGAAUAAGUGAUUGCCCAUCCACAAGCUAUAUCUACUUCCCUUUUGAAGAAGCUUCCUAUUCACUUUUGGAUGGUAUUAUUUCAGGGAAAAGAAACUGCACAUUUGUUGGGUUCCAUACAAAAGGAUCCUGAUUUAAUUAGAAAUACAGUUUUACAUUUUGGUUUACUUUUUAAACUGGAUUAUUCAUGCUGUCAAAUUUCAUAGCCACCCAAUAGAGACAUUGCUUUGCAAGAUGGUGCUAUGUGAGAUGGGCGGGGGCCAUUGUUUUAUCUUUUACGUUCAUAGGACUUAACUUGGGACCUGUGGAAGAGUGCUUAGUUUGACAUGGGUUGAAUGGGGAAGCCAGUCCCUUUACAUGAGUUAGCUAUGGUACAAAAUACUUUUUACUUGUAGUCGUGUUUAAAAUUCAGCCUCAUUCAGGGGUGCCUGGAUGGCUCAGUCGAUUAAGAGUCCUGACUCUUGAUUUUGGUUCAGGUCACAAUCUCAGGGUUCAUGAGAUCUACCCCUUCACUGGGCUCCGAGCUGACAGCAUAGAGCUUGCUUGGGAUUCUCUCUCUCUCUCUGCCUCUCAGAGUCUCUUUCUCUCAAAAAUAAAUACAUAAACUUAAAAACAAUUUUUUUAAAUAAAAUUUAGUCUCAUUCAGAUGUGUUCCCUUCAGUCCACUCUGUAUGCAAAAGUAUGAGCAAGAGGGUUGCUCAAGGAUGCUUGUAAAUACCUUUGUUUUUAAUUUUUAUCCUGAAUCGCUCCUCUGCUUCUUCACUAGAUCCUCUGCUAGAGAAGCAUUCAGGCCUGGCGUUUCGGGGUAUUCCAGAUACGGUGCCCUUUGGCAUGGAGCUUGUGUCUCUCUCCACUCAGAAGGGCAAAUGGACUGUGAAUUAAAACUUCACCAGGCAUUGUUUCCAUCUCUUUCAUGCUGCAGUAACGAAAUACCACAGACUGGGUAGCUUUUAAACGACAAAGACGUAUUUCUCACAGUUCUAGAGGCUCGAAGUCCAAGAUCAGGGUGCCGGCACACUCAGGGCAAUCCAGAUGAAAGACAGGACUUGAUGAAUCCACUUCUAGCCCGGUAAAACAUGGAGAGGAAAAACCCACCCAGAGAGAGCCCCAGAAGACUCUCGGCCAAACUGGGCAAAGGCACAGAGAUGAAGAAAGUGGCUCGUCAGCACGGCAUGGCAGCUGCUGAGUCAGAUAAGGACUCUGGAUUUUCAGAUGGGAGCUCAGAAUGUCUGAGCUCGGCAGAGCAGAUGGAAUCCGAGGACAUGCUGAGCGCCUUAGGCUGGGGCCGGGAAGACAGGCCAAGGCAGAACUCCAAGACUGCAGGCAGUGCCUUCCCUGCACUGUCCCCGAUGGUUGUCAUGAAGAACGUGCUGGUCAAACAGGGCGGCAGCUCGUCCCAGCUCCAGUCGUGGACCGUCCAGCCCUCCUUCGAAGUGAUCUCAGCUCAGCCACAGCUGCUGUUCCUCCAUCCGCCCGCGCCCGCUCCCGUCAGCCCAUGUCACGCCGGUGAGAAAAAGUCGGACUCCAGGAACUACUUGCCCAUUCUAAAUUCUUACACCAAAAUAGCCCCCCACCCGGGCAAAAGGGGCCUUUCCCUCAGCCCGGAAGAAAGAAGGGAAAACGGGGUGCAGAAGAAAGUCUGCACGGAGAGACUUGGGCCGAGCUUGUCUUCCAGUGAGCCCACCAAACCUGGUGCCGCGCCACCCGGGCCCCCCGCGCCGGCACCCCCAGGCGCCAAGCUCGCCGCGGACUCCGCCCCGCAGGGUGUGCCCUCCCUGGUGGCAGGCGGGAGCCCACAGACUCUUCAGCCCGUGUCCAGCAGCCACGUGGCCAAAGCCCCCAGCCUGACCUUUGCCUCCCCCGCCAGCCCCGUCUGCGCGUCAGACAGCACUCUGCAUGGCCUGGAGAGCAGCUCCCCGCUGUCGCCGCUGUCAGCCAGCUACGGCUCGCCUCUGUGGGCCGCGGAGCACCUGUGCCGCAGCCCCGACCUCUUCGCGGAGCAGCGGCGGAGCAAGCACAGGCGCUUCCAGAAUACCCUGGUGGUCCUGCACAAGUCCGGUCUGCUGGAGAUCACUCUGAAAACCAAGGAGUUGAUUCGUCAGAACCAGGCGACUCAGGCAGAGCUAGACCAGCUGAAGGAGCAGACCCAGCUGUUUAUAGAGGCCACCAAGAGCAGGGCUCCUCAGGCCUGGGCCAAGCUGCAGGCAUCGUUAACAUCGAGCUCUAGUCGUGCCGGCAGCGACCCAGAAGCGUUCUCUGACCACCCAGACAUGUAACACAGGAGGCGUAUUUCCCUGUUACUUGAGCGGUUCUUUUUAACUCUUGCGGUUUCUACUCCUGUUUCCCAGAGCUUAUGUAAGAGCGUUUCCUUCUAAACUUAAACCGUCUGGCAGUUCACUUACGAAGCCACAUGCCAGGACCUGGCUGUCUUAACCUGUGGUCUGUGCACAGUUUACACACGUCUCCGUUCUUCUGAGGACCUCGAAUGCAGAGAGUGUCCUCGAGUCCUCCUUAACUUAGCCUGCAGGCUGGUAGAUGGGUCACGGGGCAAAGCGGGCGAGCUGGUUGUGUGGGGCUCUUCUGGCUGCCACCUCCCACCAUCCCACUCACUCACUGUGAUCAAGGGCACAGUGACAGGGAUGAGUCCACAGAGUGACAUCUGUCAAACCAGGGAGUAGGUGACAUAAGGAUCCCUUUGUGGAUCUCCUCAUGGAUAUCUUACGCACAGAGAAAAAUACGAGGUGUGCUCAUGUUCCACAAGGCAUCGUGCCACUUGGGUGAAAACUAAAAUGCCAUGGGCACAGGUUGGGCCGAGGGUGUAGGCGCUUAAUCAUGUGAAGCUUUGUCUUCCUCAACUGGAAAGUCAAGGGGAGAGAAGGGUAGCACCAUUGAACUCUUACACUUUAGUUCCAAGCCAGAUUUCUCUUCACUUAAACUGGUAGGCAAAAUACUUCAGAUUUUUAAAGUAUGGAAUAGAUUCGGUACCAUCUGGAAUUAUAAUUGCUGAAUUGCUUUUUUUUUUCUUUUUUCUUUUUUUUUUUUUUUUUUU